AUGAAAUCGAUAUGUUUGGUGGAUAAGUUAAUAUGGAAUUUUCCUGGAAAUAUGAAUCCUCACGCUUUUGCCUUUGGGGAUGUUGACAAUGAUGAGGAUAAUGAAUUUGUAAUUGGGAAUUUAAAUGGUGAGUUGAGUGUUUUCAAGGGCAAUCCAAUUGAGGGGCGGCCUAUAAUGACUGUUAGUGGAUUGGGAACGAUAACUUGUGUGGCCGUUGGCGAUAUUAAGAAUUCGGGCAAGAAUUCAAUUGUCUGUGUCAAUGCUGAAGGGGACUGUAACAUAUUUGACAUGACGAAGCAUAAUUCUACAUCAACGACAGAAGAAGAAAACAUACCAACAAGUACUAGAAGAAUUUCUGAAGCACUAGCACCAAUGAUAAAGCCUAAUGUUAAUGAUUAUUCUAAAUUAACAUUCACUGUCCCUGUUAAUUGCAAUCAUAUCUUGAUUGCUGAUAUUGAUGGAGAUGGCAUGAAUGAGAUAAUUCUUGCGCGUACCGAUCGUAUAUUACAUGUAUACUCUUAUGAAACGUCAUUACCUGCUGAAGGAUCGACGGUCAACAAACCUUCUAGUAAAGAUCAACAAAAUUUAUUGACACGAUCAGGCAAUCUAAUCACAGAAAUUACUACGAAUAGGACAAGUAAAGAUAAGCCGAAUGUUAAUGAAACGAGUCCAACUCUAAAAGAAAAAAAGAAAUGGUUUUUUAGUGGUCAGAUCACAUCAUUAUCUACAGCUACGGACCCUCAAACAUCAUCACCAUUAUUACUCGUAGGCCAACCCGGUGGUCAUUUUAUGAUAAUAGAUAAGAAUGAGAAUAGAACUUGCCCUACUCAAACGUCAAAUGAUUUACAAUGUCCUGAUGAAACAACAGAAGUAUCAACAGAGAUAGCGAAAGGAUUAAAAUGGAAAAAUGGCAAAAAUUCUGAUGUUAUUGCGCUCGUUACUAUGGAUGGUAAUUUUACAUUUUUUGACCUCCAAACAUCAACCAUGUCGCGUCAUGAAUUGCAAGUGACACAUAAGCUUUUCGGAGUAGCUGCUAUAGAUUUUACAUGUGAUGAGACUGAAAUACCGUUAAAUGAACGAGGUGAUGAUGUAUUUGUCGCGUGUACGUGGAACGGCAAUACUUAUAUAAUUGACCUCGAUUUUAAUAUGGUUAAGUUUGAAUUUGAAGGUCGAGUUUGUGCAUUUGCCGCUGGUAAAUAUGCUGUAACGCCUGGUUGUAAUAUUCCAUGCUUUAUAUAUGUUGAUUUUGAAGAUCACAUAACUGUAUAUCAUAAUUUGCUUAUUGAUACAAAACCUGUACGAAAUUUUGUGGAAUUAAUGAAUGACCAAGUCGAUCAGCAGCUCCUUUCGAUUGAUCCUUGUCAAUAUUCACCACAAAUUGCUGACAUUUUUCAACAAUGUUUGUACAAAUUGGACACUUAUAAGGCUACAAAAGAAGAUCUUGAAGAAAAAAUUAAAGAGUCGAAAAGAAUGAAACAUGAACAAGUCGAAAAAGCAGAAGGAAAGGAAUCAAAUGAAGAACCGAAAGAAUUGAUUGUGGAAAAUGAGGAAAUGUUAAACACUCAACAUCAAGAAAAUAAUGUAUCAGAAGAAAAACAAGAGGUUGAAACUAAUCAGGAAAUUAACGAUGAGAAUGUUAUUUCUGCAACAUCGGACAUCUGA